AUGAAAACUGAAUUAAACGAUCAUAGCUGCGUCUACCCAUUAGAACUAGCCGCAAUGGGGUCACCUGCUCCGGCUCCGGCUGCAGCUCCAGUGGCUGCUCCGGAGGCUGUACCAGGCCCCGCACCCCGCAGAGUGGAAGGGUCACCUGCUCCGGCUCCGGCUGCAGCUCCAGUGGCUGCUCCGGAGGCUGUACCAGGCCCCGCACCCCGCAGAGUGGAAGGGUCACCUGCUCCGGCUCCGGCUGCAGCUCCAGUGGCUGCUCCGGAGGCUGUACCAGGCCCCGCACCCCGCAGAGUGGAAGGGUCACCUGCUCCGGCUCCGGCUGCAGUUCCAGUGGCUGCUCCGGAGGCUGUACCAGGCCCCGCACCCCGCAGAGUGGAAAAUUGA